AUGGACGCCGCCGAAGAUAUCAUGGACGCCAACUCGGACAGCGACUCUCCAGCGAAAGAUCUUAGAGUCAAGUGUACUGUUCGUAGCAAGAGCUAUGCCACCAAAAAGACAAUGCAAGAUCAUCGAAGCACUAAACAUAGGGCUAAUAAGCCCAUACACACUUGCUCUGUCUGUGGUAGGAUCUGCAAGGAUAAACAUGGGUUGAUGCGCCACGAAAAGACGCACAACCGUGCCCCAGAGCCAAAAGUCAAAUGCUCAGUAUGCGAGAGGACUUUCUCCUUAGUGGGCGCCCUCAAGAACCACAAGCGCACUCAUCACACGGACAUAACGCUUACAGUCGACUGCCCAGUGUGUAAGAAGAUCUUCCCCGGCGAAGGCGAUGUGCUGCAGCAUCGUCAGAAGGCACAUGUGCCAAACUUCGCCCUGAUGGCCGACCCGCUCUACGAAUAUGUAGAUUGCCACUUCACCUUUCUGAGCAGGGACAGAAUGAACAACCAUCUUCUUUUCCGUUCUCUUUCUCCAGCCAGUAUCUCACCAGCCCAAUUAGCAGUCCAUCUCGGUAAAAAGAGGAAGCGCUCGUCAAAUCCGCGACCCUCGCCCACCAGACAUGCAAAAUGCCAACUGAUGACAGCGUCAACGGCAUUGACGACGGCAUUGACUACGAUGAGGACAAAUGGCUGUUCUUCAUAUACCUCAAACCGCAGCAAGUACUCGAUAAAAUCGCUCGCAUUCUUCCCGCUCUAUCGUCAUCGUCCCCAGCAAUUGCGCUGCUCAUGGAAUCCAUCUUAAGAACAUGUCAAAUCAGCGCCACCUUUGCACGUACCAGCAACUCCGAAGUCAC